UUCAACAUUUGACAAGUCACGAAACUUUCUCUCAUUUUUGUUGGAUGUGAAAAAUGUAAUAAUUUUUUUUCUUUUCCAAUUAAAAAAAUAAAAAUAAAGUUAAAUAAUCCAUAUAUACAUAUAUAUUAACAAGCAAGACAUUAAAUGUCUGCUUUAAAAUUAUUAUCCUUCACAUCGAGCUGCCUGCUUCGAACAACUGUGCGGCAAACACAAAAAUCCAUCACACACAAUCAAAAAUCUUUCCUCCUACCGACUUCGACCGGCGUAUCACUUUUCAACAAGAAUUACACAAAUUUAUCUGCACCCGGGCAACAUCUCCAAUCAGCCUUAACCUUUCCACUAAAUGGCGAAUUGAAAUUUUUACCUGUCACUGCUGUAAAACCAUUUGAGCUGACAAAAUAUCAUGCAUCUAAUAAAUUCAGCACAAAAGCUUCAACUUCUUCGGAUGCGGACAGCAAAUCCGCCAAGACUACAGAACCAGAAGUCCCCUUGAUAGAUCCAAGAAAUGCCGAUGAUUUAAUUUUCGGUGAAGCUUCGAAAUUGACUCAAUUUCAGAAGUUUAAAUUGAUGUACAAGAAGUAUUGGUAUGUGCUUAUUCCGGUGCAUGUUGUUACUUCAAUCAGUUGGAUUGCUGGCUUUUAUUAUCUUUCAAAGAGUGGAGUUGACAUCCCAUCGGCAUUGCAGUACAUUCAUUUAAGUGAGACUAUCAUCGACAAGGUCAAAAACUCAAAUAUGGGACAUUACGCAAUUGCAUAUUUAUGCUAUAAGGUGAUAACACCAAUUCGUUAUGCAGUUAGUUUAGGCAUGACAACAGUUUCUAUUAAACGGCUUGUAUUUGCCGGUUAUAUUAAGCCAAUACCAACUAAAAAAGAAUUUAUACAAAUGUAUGAAAAACAAAAGGCUGAUCGCGCCAAGCGCAAGGAAGAUGAAGCCAAGGCGUCCAGGGAAUAAUCAACAACACCAUUUUUAUUUUGUUACAUAUUGUUGUUGUUUUUUUCUAUAGACUAUAAAGAAUAUUAAUAAUUACUAUCCCACAUGGUUAUGGAAUAUGAA